AUAAGAAAUCAGUUAAUGAAAUAAAUAUAUAUAAAAGAUUACAAGAUAAAAAGAUCAAGACAUUAUUUGAUACAAGUAUAUGUGGUCCAUAUAUCUGUUGCAUUUUCAUUUUAUCAAAAAAAGAAAAUGUAAAUAUUGAAUAUAUUUAUCCACACAUAGAUAUAAAUGAAAAAAAUAUUAUAUUACAAAUAGAAAAUGAAACGAAAGUUGUUACACCAUUUAAUGUUUGGUAUAGAUAUAAAGGAGAAUGGAAAGAAGAUAUAGAAAACUUUCUUAUAGAAAGGAUAUUUUUAUUAAAAGAAAUGAAUACAAGUUCUAAUGUAUUAUAUAAUUUAAAUAUUGAAUGUAGUAGUAAUAAUGAAUAUAAUAUUCUAUAUGGUAAUAGUGGUAAUAGAUAUUAUUCCAUUGUAAUAGAUUAUUUAGAAGAAAAUAUAUAUAAAGAAAUUAUGAUAAUAAGUCAAAUUCCAUAUUAUAAUUUUAUAUCAUGGAAAUUUCUUACUGUUAUGGAAUCAUUUUUAAUAGAUAAAGAAUUUAAAAAAUUAAAAAAUUUUGUUGAUUCUUUCAGUGAAGAUAAUAAUAUAUUUGAAAAAAUAACAUUUGAUGAUUAUUAUUUGAAUUUAUCGAAUAAUAUGGAACAAUUAAAAAAUAUGAAAUUAGAGAAUAUCUUAAUAUUUUUAAAAGCAUUAUUAUUAGAAAAAAAAAUUGUUAUUUCAUGUUCAAAAAAAGAAAUGGGUUGUAAAUAUGUUUUAUUAUUUUUGUCUUUUAUUCCUGAUAUUAUAAAUUUGGGAUUUAAUAUAAAAAAUUAUGAAGAUAAAUUUGAAGAAUGGAUAAAAUUAAAAUUACCAUUAAUUUUAUUUCAUGAAACAUAUGUAUUAUUAUUACAUAUAGAUAAUCUCAAAUUAUUUAAUAAUUAUACAUGUUCAAAAAAUUAUUUUAUAUCUACUACUAUUGAUAGUGAUGUAUAUAAAGAUGUUCAAAAUAAUGCAGAUCUUUUAUAUGACGUUGAUAAAGAUAGCUUAGUUAUAAACAAUGAUAAUCUUAUGAAUGUAUUGAAAUUAACAAAAUUUGAAAAUAAUCAUAUAAAUAAAAUACAUUCUAUAUUUAAAUCUUUCUUUAAUUUCUCUUCAUUAAUAUUUGAAAACAUAAAACCAAAUGAAACUUUAAUAAAUUUACAAAAUAUAAAUUAUUCAAAUACAAAUAAUAUUAUAUCGAAUUUUAAUAGGAUAAAUGAAAAGUUGUUUUGUAACCAAAAUGAUAAUAUUUCAUUAACAAUAAAUAACUCUAAUAUGAAUAAUAUUAAUAAUAUUAAUAAUAAUAGUAAUGAUGAGGAUGAUAAUAAUAAUAAUGAUGGUGCUGAUAUUGUAUAUACUAAAAGUUUGUGUGAUAUGAAAACUAUUAAUAUGGAUGACUAUAAAAACAAUGAAGAUAAAUCCUUGAGCAAUUUGGGUAAUAUCCCAAAUGAAAUAAAAGGAGAAAAUCAAAUGGAAAAAAUGAAAGAAGAAAAGGUACUAAAUGGUACCACAUGUGGAACUAUGAAUGAAAACAGUGAAUUAUAUAUGAAUGAGGACAUAUCGAAUGGAAAUAAUAUUAAUAUUAAUAAUAAUAAUAAUAAUAAAUGUUAUAGGGAUAGUUUCCAUUUGAAUGACUCAUUUCCAUCAAAUGAAUGCAAUUAUGAAAAUUUUGAACUUAUUGAUGAUGAAGAUGAUAUAUACAUUAUAAAUUUAAAAGAAGAAUAUAGUGAACAAGUAAAUUUUAUGAAAGAUAUAGAAAGAUCAGAAAGUAAUUAUAAUACAACAGAAAAAAUGAAAGGGUUAAAAAGAAAUGAUGAAUUAGAAAAAUAUGUUAUCGAUAUAAGAAAUCAUUUUCAUAUUUAUUUUAACGAACUAUUUACAUUAAGUAAAGAAUAUUUUGAAGAAGGGAUGAAAGAAAAAAAAAAUGUGUAUGAAGAAAAUUAUAAUAAUUUAUUUAUUGAAAUGUGGGAAGAAACUACAAACUUUCAUUCUUUUAUUGAAAAGGAUCACAAAAUAAAUAAAUUUUUAAAAAUAGCUGAAGAAAAUAAUAUUUUAUUUGAUAAAAGAAAUUUAGAAAAGUAUACAUUUAUAAAUGAUUUAUUAAUAAUUGAAAAAGGAGAAUAUUAUAAUGAAACAAUCAAUAAUAAUAAUUUAAAAGAAGUUUUAAUAAUAUCUUUAAAAGGAUAUGUAUAUGAAGGUACAUAUUGUUUUUUAAAAAAUUGUAAAGAAGGAUUAGGGAAAUUUGUAAGUAAUAUAUAUGAUAUUACAUUUCAAGGAGAAUGGCAUAAUGAUCAAAUAAAUGGUUCAGGUCAUUUAUAUCAUAAAAAUUUUAAAUAUUUUGGAAAAUUUAAAAAUAAUUUAUUUACUGAAAAUGGUAUAUUUGUUGACAAUUUAUUAAAUCAAUAUGAAGGAGAAUUUUUGAAUGGUUAUUUUAAUGGUAAUGGAAAACUUAUAUAUAAUAAAAACACUUAUAUAGGAAUUUUUAAAAAUAAUAAUUUAAUUGGUCAAGGAAAAAUAUUAUAUAAUAAUGGUUCUGUAUAUACUGGAGAAAUAAAAAAUUUCUUACCACAUGGAUAUGGAUUUUUAUCAUAUGAUGAUUCAGCAAUAUUUGAAGGAUAUUUUAUUGAAGGAAAAAAAUGUGGUAAUGGUUUCUUAACAUUAAAAUGUAAUGAUGCUUCUAAUAAUAUUUUUUCAAUUGAAGGAAAAUGGGAAAAUGAUGAACCUGUAAUGAGAAAAAGUUUUCAUAUCGUUUUUCCAAACAAAGAUAAAUAUAUUGGGAAAAUUUAUAUUCUCCCAAAUUCUAAAAGAAAUAAUAAAUACAAAUUUAUUGCUGAUGAUACAAUGGUUAAUAUAAUAGAGAAAAAAUUAAAUAAUGUUAACCAAUUAAUAGAAACCAUAUUUAAUUUUAUGAAUCAUACUACUAAUGAUAAUAAAAAAUUAGAACAUGUGACAACUGAUAUGAUAACGCAAGAACAAAGAAAAUAUUAUUUGAAUGUUCCAUAUCCUGCUGAAGAUAUAAACAAUGUUAGCAAUACCAUUAACGAUCAAAAUGGAAAUAACAAGAGUAUUACAAGUAACCCUCAAAGUAUUAGUGUUCAUCAAAAAAUUAAUGACUAUCAAAAUGAUGAUAAUUAUGAAAUAAGGAAUUCUUCUAUUUUGAAUAGUAUAGAUAAUCCUGAAGAUUAUUCAUCGUUUAAAAAAAAAGAUAGUUUGCCCAUAAUAUUUUUAGAAGAAAAUCAAACUUCCAUUGAAUUUAAUGGAACCUAUAAAGACAGUGAUGAUAGCGAAAAUGCAGAAAAUGAACAAAAUAAAUUUUUAAAAGAAAAACUUGAAACAUUUAUAAAUAAUAAGAAGAAAAAAAUAUUGAAAAAUAUUUUUGAUAUAUUAGAUCAAAAUUGGUUAAUAAACAAUACUGAAAAGAAACUGAACAAAAAUAAAAAUAUUGUAGAAUACCUACAACAAAAAAAGUUAUUCAUUGUUCCUCAUAGAAAAGGAUUAAGUAUAUAUAAUAAAAAAAAAGAAAAUUAUAAUGGAAAAUUUUGUUUAGGAAUGAAACAUGGAUAUGGUAUAUAUGUUUAUGAUCAUAUAAAUAGAUAUGAGGGAUAUUGGUUUCGAGGAAUGAAACAUGGUUAUGCUAUUCUAUAUGAAGGAGAUCAUAUAUAUUAUGCUCAUUUUAAUUAUGAUAAAUUAAUUUCCAAAGAUAUUAUAUUACCUCAAAAUCUUGAUAAAUAUAAACCUAAAAAAGAAACAUCUAAAGUUAAGGUAUAUAAUAAUGAGUUCUUAAUAAACCAAUCCUUUUUUAAUUUUAAAGAUUUUAUAUCUACGGUUGUAUGUAAUUAUUUGUAG